AUGAUGAACUACUCAUAUCAAUGUCUUCCCAAAACCCAUUUUCUCAAAGUUUCCACCUUUCACCCUUUCUUCAAAUUCAACCCAUUCCCAUACACUAACUAUGCUGCAAACACUACUCAUACUCAUAAAACUCCCUCAUUCACCAUCAACUGCAACCUCAAAAACGUGGGGAAGAAGGACUUAUUGUCCCAGAAGAUUGUCUUAUCAGAAGCUUCUCCUCCACCACUCACACAGGAUAAUGAUGUUCCUUCAACCUCAAAGGAAAACAAAGCUUCCAAUGGUUUGUUUAAGAAGUUGAGCAAAAGGGUGUUGCAGAUUCUCUCUAAUUUGCCUUUGGCUAUUGGGGAAAUGUUCACCAUUGCUUUUUUAAUGGGGUUGGGCACUUUUAUUGAUCAAGGUGAGGCCCCUGAGUUUUAUUUCCAGAACUACCCUGAAGAUCAUCCAGUGUUAGGAUUUUUUACUUGGAGAUGGAUUUUCUUCCUUGGUUUUGAUCACAUGUAUUCCGCCCCUAUAUUUCUUGGAAUGUUGGCUCUUCUCGGUGCUUCCCUUAUGGCAUGCACUUACACAACACAGCUCCCGCUCAUCAAGGUUUCUAAAAGAUGGUCCUUUAUGCACUCUGCCGAGGUUAUACGCAAGCAGGAGUUUUCAGAAUCCUUGCCUAGAGCAUCAAUCCAAGAUGUUGGUACUAUAUUAAUGGGAGCUGGAUAUGAGGUAUUCUUGAAAGGACCAACUUUGUAUGCAUUCCGCGGACUUGCCGGUCGGCUAGCCCCAGUUGGAGUUCAUAUAGCACUUUUGUUGAUCAUGGCUGGAGGAACUUUAAGUGCUGCAGGGAGCUUUAAAGAGAUUCAUGUCAACAAAUUCUCUAUGGAUUAUUAUGAAAGUGGAGAGGUUUCACAGUUCCGCACCGAUCUUUCCCUGUUGAACAUGGAUGGGAAAGAAGUAAUGAGGAAAACAAUUAGCGUAAAUGAUCCUUUACGUUACGAGGGUAUCACCAUAUACCAAACGGAUUGGAGUAUUUCAACCCUACAAGUUCUCAAGGACAAUGAAGGACCUUUUAAUUUGGCUAUGGCACCUCUUAAGAUCAAUGGAGAUAAGAAACUUUAUGGUACUUUUCUACCUGUUGGAGAUGUUAACUCUCCUAAUGUCAAGGGAAUAUCUAUGCUUGCUCGUGACCUGCAAUCAAUUGUCCUUUAUGAUAAGGAAGGGAAAUUUGCCGGAGUUAGACGACCUAACUCAAAGCUCCCAAUCAACAUUGAUGGCUCAGAAAUUGUCAUUGUUGAUGCAAUAGGGAGUAGUGGCUUGGACUUGAAGACUGACCCUGGUGUGCCAGUUGUAUAUGCUGGAUUUGGUGCUCUGAUGCUCACAACUUGCAUCAGCUACUUAUCUCACUCACAGAUAUGGGCCUUACAAGAUGGGACGACAGUCGUUAUUGGAGGGAAGACAAAUAGAGCAAACUUUUUGAGACAUGAAGGGCCAAAUACCAACGCUCUUAAAGUAUAUCUCAUUGAUGAAUUCUACAAGUUGAAGUGUAACAGAUCCUGUAAUUCAAGUCUCCUUCCUGUUAUUCAUACAUUUAACAAUGUAUUUAAGUAG